UCGAGAGAGAUCUCUGUAAAAGGCUAGAAACCUCCACAACUAAAACCUCGUCUUCAUGUAUAUAUAAAUCUUCGUUUAUAACAGCUGAUUACUUCAUUUCUUACGACAAAGAAAACAAAAGUAAGAAGAGAAAAUUGUUGAUCAAAGAAAUAUGUUUUUCUUUUUUGUGGGAGGAUUAGAGCAGCAGGCUAGGCAGGUGCUCAAGAGCGGCGCCGGGAGGUGCAUAGCGUGCGGAUCACGCGCCGAUCUGGUCGAGUACGACAAAGUGCUGAAGCUAUUCUUCGUGCCGGUAUGGCGUUGGCCGGGAAAGCAGCCGCUGAUGCACUGUAACAAUUGCAACCUCUUCUUCCCUCAGUCGCCGGAGAAGGAGGCGGCGUUGAGGUGUCAGUUCUGUGCUCGUGAGGUGGACCCCGCCUUCAGAUUCUGCCCCUUCUGUGGAUCGAACCUGUGAAUGUCAAAGUUAGGGUUUUUUUGUUUGUUUAAUUUGGGGUAAAUUUAGGGAUUAGGGAUUUGGGCUUUUUCUUUGUAAUAAUAAUAAUUCAGAAAUAUUGUCCAGCCCAUAAUCUACUGGAAGUUUCAUUACAAAAA